AUGGAAAGAGUGUUCCUUGCCUGUAUAGGGGUGCAAAGACAAUGUAAUGUGACUGAGAAUAAUUUGAAAAAGGUUCAAGAAGAGAUUGAUCACUAUGGAGUUAGCCAGAUGAACCAGGGAGGACCAAGUCAUCAGUUUAGGCUUAGACCUCGACCCUUCAAAAGAAGACAGGUGGAACAUGCAAGACCUAACCAUCCUCCGCAAUGUCAAGUAUGUAAGAAGUCUCAUUCUGGAAGAUGUGCUAGAAGUGAAAUUAGGUGUUUUAAGUGUCAAGGGGAAGGUCACGUGGUUAGAGAGUGUCCACAAAAUAAGGUUCAGAUGCAGGGAAAGAGUAUCGAUCAGGUUUAUAUGUUGGGCGCAAAGAAGGCUAAAAGCAACAAUGCCUUAAUUGCUGGUACGUCUCUCGUCAAUAAUCAUCCUUGUUUUGUAUUAUUUGAUUGUGGGGCGAUACACUCUUUUGUAUCAAUUCGGUGCAUGAAGCGUCUUGGCUUGCAAGCAAUUCCCUUGUCUCCUCCUAUGGUGGUUACUACCGUCAUGGAUGAUGUGGUUGAGACACCGUUGAUUUGUGAAAAUUGUUCGCUCUCGGUGAAUGGUAGAAUUUUCCAGAUUGAUCUUAUUUGUUUACCACUUAAGAAGGUUGACGUGGUUUUAGGGAUGGAUUGGCUUACCGUCAAUUCGGUGUUUAUUGGAUGUAAAGAGAAGUUGAUUAUCAUUCCAUAUAGUGAAGUUACUCCAAAGGAUGUAUUAACUACUAUCUUGGAAGGUACGGUUGGUAUGGUUAAUUUCUUAUUUGAGAAGGAAAAGUCAGUUCUCUUGGUUCUUACCAAGGAAUCUAGCGAUAACCUGAGUGUUACACAAAUUCCUGUCGUUUGUGAAUUUCCAGAAGUUUUCCCUGAGGAUGUCACCUCUCUUCCUCCUGAAAGGGAAGUGGAAUUCUCUAUUGAUUUGAUACCUGGGACGGCUCCAAUCUCCAUUUCUCUGUAUCGCAUGGCGCCCCUCGAGUUGAGAGAGUUGAAGAAUCAAUUGGAAGAAUUGUUAACCAAUCAUUUCAUCUGA